UUGUUAUACACAUCCAAAAGAAAAAAUGGAAACCAAGAAUGUAACGAAUACGAACUGUGAAAGUGAUGCAGCAAUGAUAAAGCCUCUGGAUUCCGAAGAAUUCAAGAGGCAAGGCUACAUGAUGAUUGAUUUUCUUGCUGAUUACAUUGGGAACAUUGGCAAGUAUCCAGUUUUAAGUAAGGCAGAACCUGGUUAUCUCAGAAAAAGGUUACCAGCUUGUGCCCCACAUGGUCCUGAACCCAUUGAAUCCAUACUUGAAGAUGUGCAAGACCAUAUCAUCCCUGGCAUCACACAUUGGCAAAGUCCUAACUACUAUGGGUACUUUCCCAGCAGUGGUAGCAUAGCCGGGUUUAUGGGUGAGAUGCUCAGCACUGGCUUCAAUGUGGUUGGAUUCAAUUGGAUGUCAUCACCUUCUGCCACUGAGCUUGAAAACAUAGUUAUGGAUUGGCUUGGACAAGAGUUAAGGCUCCCCAAGACCUUUCUUUUCUCAGGUGAAGGUGGUGGGGUUCUGUUAGGGACUACUUGUGAGGCCAUUUUGUGCACUUUGGUGGCUGCAAGAGAGGGAAAGCUUUCCCAAUUUGGGAAGGAAAACAUAGGGAAGCUUGUUGUGUAUGGUUCUGACCAAACACAUAGUGCUCUUCAGAAGGCAGCACAAAUUGCUGGGAUCCCAUCGGAAAAUUUCAGGGUCAUCAAAACCAAGAGGUCAAAUUUGUUUGCUUUGACUCCUGAUUCACUUCUCUCCACCAUUCUUUUGGAUGUGGAAAAAGGGUUGAUUCCUUGCUUCCUAUGUGCCACUGUUGGCACCACUGCUAUUGCCACAAUUGAUCCUAUAGGGCCAUUGUGUAAUGUGGCCAAGGAAUAUGGUAUUUGGGUCCAUGUUGAUGCUGCUUAUGCUGGAUCAGCUUGCAUUUGCCCUGAGUUUAGGUAUUGCAUAGAUGGAGUUGAAGAGGCUAAUUCUUUUAGUCUCAAUGCUCAUAAAUGGUUUUUGACUAACUUAGCAUGUUGUUGCCUUUGGGUGAAAGACCGCAUUGCCCUCACAAAAUCCUUGACAGUUAAUCCUCAAUUUUUGAGGAACAAAGUGUCUGAGUCAAAGCAAGUGGUGGACUACAAGGAUUGGCAGAUACCCUUGAGUAGGAAAUUCAAUGCCCUCAAACUAUGGCUUGUUCUUAGAAGCUAUGGUGUUGAGAACCUUAGGAACUUCCUGAGGAAUCAUGUGAAAAUGGCCCAAACUUUUGAAGGGCUAGUGAGGUUGGAUAAGAGAUUUGAGAUUGUUGUGCCACCAAAAUUCUCUUUGGUUUGCUUUAGGAUUGCGCCAUCAGCAAUUAUUAAUGGGGUGUCCAAUGAUACCAACGAAUGUUGUAAUGGGAAACUAAUAUAUGAUGAAUAUAGGGUGAAUGAAGUGAAUCGUAAAUUGCUUGAUUCAAUUAAUAGUUCUGGCGACGCAUUCAUGACCCAUGGUGAAGUUGAAGGAUCUUUUGUGAUUAGAUGUGUUAUUGGUGCAACCUUGACAGAGGAACACCAUGUUAUUAUGACAUGGAAGUUGGUGCAGGAGCAUGCUAAUUCUAUUUUAGGUCAGGGAAGGAAGAUAAUGAGAGAAGACCAUUGAAGUCAUUAAUAACAGAGAAUCAAGAUCAUAAAGUUGUUACAAGGCAUGAAUGUUGGAAAUUAUUAGUUCAAGGCAUGAAUGUUGGAAAUUAUUAUGAAGAAGUGUUAAGUUACUUGAAAACAAAAUAUUUUAUCUAUAGAAAUUACUUUGUACACAAGACCCUAUAUAUCCACCACCCAUUAAAGUAUUGAACGAGUUUUAUAAAGUUUUCGAUCACUUUUGCUUAGAAA